GUGAAAAGAAAACACGACUCAAAGUACGGACUGACAAACAAGCACUUUUGUGAGACACAGUGACCCACUUCAAGGUUUGGCAACAUGAGAUUUGAAGUGCCCAUCUGUGUGUUCUUAGCCGUCGCAGGCUUACAGUAUGCCCAUGCAGCAUCACUGGCAUCAGAAGAGAAGGAGGAUUCAUCUGAAGAAAAAGUGGACCAAUUGACUUUGCUGCUGAAAAGAGAUCAGCAGGAGUUUGAGGCAGCCCAGCAGGAGACUGCUGAUGAGACUCAAGCUACCAAGGAGACGGGAGGUGCAAAAGCAGCCCAUUUAGCUGAAGUGGCUGAAGCUGCAGAAGGUCAGUUGGGUGCUGAGGCUGCCCAGGUUGAGAAAGCUGAAGAGGCCGAAGUUGCAGAAGAUCAGUUUGAGACAGCCCAAGUGGACAACGCGGAGGAGAUCCAAGCAGCAGGAGACAAGGAGGACAGUGCAGAGGAAGACCCUGACAAAGCCACUAAAUACAUGGAGGCAAAUCAGGAUGAAGACUCUCAUGAGGUAGUGCAGGAAGAAGACACAGAGGAUGUGAAAAAUGAUGCCCAAGAGGCCAUAAGAGAUGACUCAAGCUCUGAAGAGAAAUCAGAGGCCGCCUUAACUUCCACAGACACCCGACAAACACAAGAUUCUUCAGAUGAAUCCACUGAGGACUUGGCUGAGGAGGAAGCACUCGAGGAGUGAACCACUGGAUGACAGACAAAGGAUGGGGAGAGAAGACGAAGCCUAAGCCAUCCAGAGGAGAAAUAUUACUGCAGAGCCGAUUCUGUUCAAUAAAUAACUAUUACACCCUAUUAACACA